GGGGCGACUGGAGUAAGGGAAGGAGAGCAACCGGUGGGAAAGGAAGGCGUGAGAAUGCCCUGCGGCAAGGAGUUCGCGCUCGGACGCACUCGCGCACGUGAGGAGUGAUUCGUUGAGAAGUUUGGCCUCCUCGCACGGCAGAUAUGGGACUAAACUUUCCCCGGAGGUGGAUAUUACCAUGCUGGGUGGCAUGCAUACUUGUUGCCUUGCAUGCACAGAACGCAGCUUCCAAGGCUCUCCAAUGUGGCGGACAACAGUACUUAAAAGGCUCAAGAUGCUGCGAUAAGUGCAAACCAGGCUUCCGUGUGUUUGCAGAUUGCGGCGAAUCCCAUCAGACCAAAUGCAUUAAAUGUGGCAGCGGGGAGUACCAGCCCACCUGGACCCAAGAGACGCGCUGCCUCCAGCAGAGAAUAUGCGAUGCAGGGAAAGGUUUCAUGUCCAGGCCUGAAAAUGUGGAGGCGGAGGAGCCCUGUCCCUGUCUUCCCAACUUCCAGUGCUCUCUCAUCAACUGCGAGUUCUGCGAGAGGAUUCCCUCCUGCCGGCCCGGAUAUGGACUCGAGGUGGAGCCAGAGUCCGUAAACGGAAGGAAGAUUUGUGUCCCGUGUCGGAAAGGAUCCUUUUCUGCCGGCAACAACACCGGGCAAUGCAAACAGUGGACAAAUUGUAAGGCAGAGGGCAGGAGUGAGACACAAGCAGGCAGCGCUCAGGCAGACGCCGUGUGUGGACCGCCUGUCUCCAGUGCUGCCCCCUCCUGGGUGAUAGUGUCGGUGUUGUCAGCCAUCACUGUCCUCUGUCUCCUCAUCCUGUUCCUUUUUUGCUACAAAGACAAACUCAAAUUACUCUCGUUUAACCUGCGAUCGUGCGUGCAGAAUCUGAAAAGGACAAGGAUACAGCAGGAGACGCUGGCCCCUCUUUAUCAAAGCGGGGCAGGAGGCAGCCUCAAAUACAUCCCGUGUGAGACAACCAAACUCUUCCGCCAAGCCCCUCGCACCAACGAUGGCGACGAGCCCCCUCGCACCUCAGUCCCCUGCGCUCCCGCCGUUACGGUCUCCCUCCCUCAGACCACCGCCAACGCCAAUGAAGGCUUACAGAGGGAGGCGGUGACAGAGGGACAGAGCCAAGGUUCUGGUGGUCCCGAGGAGGUCUCCGAGGAAGAGGAACUCACCGGCGUCUCUCCGCUGUUGCCGGCUUCCUGCGUGUGCAGCGUUCAGGUCCGGGAGCCUCUGGAAGUCGGGGAGAAUGAGGACUGUAGCCAAGCUGUGAGUCCAGGAAGUCUCCGGACUUGCUCCUGCGGUGGUCCGCAUGUUGAGAGGAGGCCAGAGGAGGAGAGGAGCGAAGGGGUCGGCGAUGCGCACGUGGUGACGAGUGAACCAAGCAUCGCCUCUCUCGUCUCCUUUUCACCUCCUCUCCUCCGCUCUUCCUCGGCCGGUCCCGCGUCCGGCUCGGCCCCUGAACUCUGCGCGCCUUUGAGCAAGGCUAGGCCGAGACCCGAGUUCAAAGGUCACCUGAAAGACAUGUCGCCGGCGAAGCAAAAGGGAUAUUACAGACUGGAAAGCACAGACUCCUCGUCGACGGACAACAGCGGGCCCUCGGUGACGACUUCAGUUAGCCCUUUGAAGUCCUCCUCGUCCAUUGGAGAUCUCUACUCGGAGAGGCCUCAGGAGGCCUCCGGUCAGGAGCAACGCGACGGGGCCUCGCUGGAGGACAGCAGAGGAAAAACGCUCCUGUCGGUAGAUACAGAGCUCCAGUGCCCGCCUGGAAGCCUCCAGAGUCAGCUGGCAGAACCAACUCUUACCUCAGGUCAAGUGUCGGGGAAUCACAACACCACCUUCAUCUCCAGCGGUCAGGUGGUGAACUUCAGCGGCGACGUCAUCGUGGUCUACGUCGGUCCCGCGUCUCUCGGAAGUGACGGCGCGCCACUGGAAAGCGACUUUGCCAGUCCCGUGCAAGAAGAGGCCAAUGAGACGGCGCCGUUUUUCCAGAGUAGCGUGAGGUCAGCGGGGAACUCCAUGAUCCAAAAGCCAUUGCGGGAUGAGCCGGUGCUCGCCCCGAAAACGAGCGCCUAAAGUGUCACCAUGGCAACCAAAGCAUCCGUCCGAGCGUCUCGCCAUUCCAACCCUUUUUAACCACCCAUCCCAUCCAAAGCUUUCCGAAAGCGCUUGUCCUCUCAGGGUCAGGGGUGACCUGGAGCCUAUCCCGCCCUGUUCCGGUCGCCAGUUCAUUGCAUGAUUGGCCUAACUACAGUUUAGACCAGGAGUGUCCAAACUUUUUGCCAACGGGGCCAGAUUUUAUGUGGUAAAUUGUCGGGGGGCCGACCUUGGCUGACAUUCUUAACAUUGAACAACAAUAUUGUUCAACAAAUUUUAGUAAGCCAGUCUGUUUCACAUUUCCAUUUUUAUUUUAAUUUCAACAAUCUUAAGAAUUUCUUUUGGUUCAUUUGAAACAGGAAUUUGAAAUAUGACAUAUCAGUCAAUAUAAACACGGAGUG